CAUUGCACAGCAACUUUUAACACUCUUUAAACAUUGUUAAAGUUCACAUCAUGAGAUGUCUGUGUGUUUUAUUUCACGCUACACUACACGGUGUAAAUCUAAUUAGCAUAACAGUGUAGUUAGCGGUCUAGUGCGUGCUCGUGUGUAUGCGCGUGCGCGCGCGAGCUGUCUGACAGACGCGCUGAGAGACCACGCGCGCGCUUGUUGUUUCUGCCUUGUGUUGAAAUGUAAAGAAAUGCUGCAGAUAUUUUCUGACGUGAUGAUGAUCGUUUAAUCAUCGAUGACUUCAUGACACUUCAAGCCUUUCGAUUCGAAAUUGGAAUUGAUUUUCUGUUCCCAACCCUACUCAUCAUGUCAUGUCAAACCUGUAUGACUUUUUUCCAUUUUGAAGACUUCCCGGCUGAACUGUCCCUUUAAAUGAGCAGGAUUUUACAGAGACCACGUUGAGAUUUUCUCUUGAUUCUUCUGUUCCUUGAGAAGCAUCUUUUCCAGAGCUCACUGUCUUCUGAUGUUGCUUUUUCAUAUCAUGCAUGCAUGUGUCACCGUACUCCAACUGUCAAUCAUCCUUUGACCCCGCCCACCCCCUCUCUCAUUUAGUUUACUCCUGUCACUCCAGGUGUUAUGAGUGGAGUCUCAUUUUUAGCCAAUGAGACAUGGAGCUUUCAGGAAGAGGACGUGGAUCUUGUUUCAAUCCCCCUUCUUCCUCACAACCCGAGGAUGUCCUCAGUUAUGCUCCGCCCCCGGCCCCUCCCCUCCCUCCUCCCCUGCUGCUGGGAAAGCCUGUGCAGAGGAAGAGGAGGGUCAGGAGCUUCUACUGGAAACCCAUUCCAGAGGAGCGCGUCAAACGGCAGGACAGACCGAACCUGUGGACCCUCGGCCGACACAGCAGAGAAACAUCCUUCCACAUCGACAUCAGAGCCAUCGAAGAGCUCUUCGGACAACACGACGACACGCGGUCCCCUGCCGCGGCCGACAGGAGGAUGACGCGAGGACGAGGUUCUGUGAAAGAUCUCAGAGAGCAGAUCACCAUCCUGGAUUCCAAGAGAAGCAUGAAUAUCUCUAUUUUUCUCAAGCACCUUAAAAAGUCUGGUGAUGGUCUGCUGGAGGAUGUUCUUCGUGGGAACAGUGAAUCAUGUGAUGUGGAGUCUCUCAGAGGUCUGCUGAAGCUUCUGCCGGAGGAUGAUGAGGUGAAGAAGCUUCAGAUGUUCAGUGGAGACACUAAAGACCUCACACCGGCUGAUGCCUUCAUGUACACACUUAUCCAUCUACCCAGGUAUGGUGUGCGUGUUGAAGCUCUGCUGUUGAAGGGAGAGUUCUUCUCCUUGUGUUCAGCUGUGAAGAAGGACAUCACUGUGGUCCGGACUGCCAUCACAGAGCUGUUGAACUGUGAGGAGUUACACAACAUCCUUCAUUUAGUGCUACAAGCUGGAAACAUCAUGAAUGAUGGUGGUUUUGCUGGUAAUGCUGUUGGUUUUAAACUGUCUUCUCUGCUCUCACUGGCUGACACUAAAGCCAAUAAACCUGGAAUGAACCUGUUGCACUUUGUAGCUCUGGAAGCUCAGAAGAAAAAUCUGCUGAUGUCUCCUGAGAAACUUCAAAAUGUUCAGCAAGCAGCUCGUGUGUGUGUUGACAGUAUUCAUGUGGAGUUGAGUUCUCUGAGUGAGAGAGUUCAUCAGGUGCAGAUCAACAUUCAGACCGAUGAUGAUCUACUGACACAACUUCACUCGUUCCUCAAGAGUGCAGAUGAAGCUCUGGUGGAUUUAAGGCUCUGUAGGGAUGUGAUGGUGAAUGAAGGAAACGCUCUGAUCGAUUUCUUCUGUGAAGACAAAGAAACAUUCAAACUGGACGAGUGUUUCCACAUUUUCCAGAAUUUCUGCUCUAAAUUUAAAAAGGCCAUUCAGGAGAACGCUGAGCGAGGAGCGCGGGAGGAGUCACGCAGCAAACGUCUCAUGGAGCUGGAGGACAAGCGUCACUCGUGGGCGGGGCUUGAGGGUGUGGGAGGCGUCUUUGGGUUGAGGUCGAGCAGUGAGACAGAUGUCGAGGCAGCUUUAAGGAGGGAGGGGCUUCUGGACCUCCUCAGGACACACCCACAAAGUGCUCUCGGUCCACCGCUGAGGUUCGGGAGUGUCCGUCGCUCACGGCAACAGAGAGUCAACAGUGAUUUAACAGAGCGCCGCCAUGUGACUUCUGACCCCUCUGGAGAAGAUACGCACGCACUUCCUCCGAUACACUCUCUCUCUAUCACGCACACACACAAUGACACAAAUCCCACUCAUCUCCAUGGAAACCACGCUCAGGAAGGUUCCACCAAAACCAAGUCUGACCAUGACAGCAACACAACACACGCGUGUUCAGAGAAACCAAAGACCCACACUGUACAAGAAACGCAAAAACACAACAUUCAAACACACACACAGCAGGACACACUGAGAAAUGACGAGAUGACCUUCGACCCCUCACACGGAAACUCAGGAGAAUGUGAACGUCACAACCAAUCAGAGAGCUCGAAUAGAGGCGAUGGUGAUAAUGAUGUAAAGCUCACCCCUCAACAAACAAACAAGCGGUCACUUCAAUCCAGUGACAGACACACACGACCGAUACAAACAAGCAGCAAAACGUCCAUCCCGAAAACCCCCGAGCCAAAACACAGAUCAUCAGCAUCUCCUAAAACAUCCUCGUCCCUCUCAAAGUCUCCUCACCAUCGGCCCGUCCGCACCCUGACCUCCUCUGAGACGCAGAGCUUGAGGAAAGUUGUUCCCAUCAGUCGGUCCGGUUCCUCCGGUCAGCGGAAAUCUCCCGUUCGAGGUGCCAGUUCCAGUGGCAAGAAAAAACCGGUGACUCGACUGCCCCCCGAAGAGAAGAUGUGUCGCGCGACGCUGAGAGCCCUGGGUGCUUCCGCCCCUCAAACCUCCACCCACGCGUCCCAGCACCGGCACACCCCCGGCUUUGCUCGCAACACUGUGGCGUCCACCACACGACGUGCCGUCACUCCAAACCAGUGCUCUACAUCUGACCCCAAACAUCCUCCUCUGACCCGCGCGGCGUCACUCAGACUCUCACGUGUUCUCAGUCCACAGCGGAGUCCAGCCGUCACGCUCAGUAAAACACAAAGUGUUCGUCUGACGCCCCCCGCAGGACAUCCCAGAAUGAGCGGUGGCGGCGUCUCUCACCAAUCACAGAGUAAAUCUACCAAACCUGUCUGGAGAGCUCCACGACAUCCCAUCAUCAGAGAAGAAAUAACAGUGAGAGGAGAAGAGAAACCAUCCAUCAACACAACACUGAUCCUGUGUACCUGAACACACACGUACACACACAACAAAUGCACACACACAACACACGCACAGACAACACAUGCACAACACACACACAUAUUUGAUGAACAGCUGUCCGUCAACGAUCACAUUGCAAAGACA